UUACAUUUGGCAAUUGUACCUACUUCCGCCUAUCAAACGUUGCCAUUUCCGAUUUUCAUCUGCGGUGGAGAAAUGGAAAGAAUAGGUAAAGGACAUUAAAACGUCAGAUAAUAUAUACAUUUACAGUUAAUGAAUUAGGCAUACAUUUAAUAUCAUUGCUGUAAGCUUUGUUUUAAAGUAACUUGCACUAAACUUGCUAGCAAUCCAGUUUACUGGCGAAUAUGACAACUUGGGUUAGCCUAGCUAACGUUAACUACAGUAGUCAGCUCAUCUGUCAUUCAUGUAGCAGAAAUGUAGUCACUCCCAACAUGUGCAACGUGUUAUGGGAAGAAUCUUAUCAGCUAAAGCAGUAAAUGAUGACAUUGCAAUAUGUGUUUAUGUGCAUUAAUAUCUACAAUGGAGUAUUGUAUUGUACGAUAGAGGAUAGUCCAUAGAAACUAGGCAAUUCAUCUCAAUCCCAUUUCUCUCUCUCCAUAGAUCUGCCCGCUGUGGGCCCCACUGACCUCCCUAUAUCGCUGCUGGAGAUGGGUUGCUCUGGCAGGUUUGAGCUCAUCACACAUCCACAGCCCAAUGAACAACCCCUGCCUCCACAAAGCUCGGUCAGUAUGAGAGUCUCAGUGUGUGGUUGGAUUCUUAUCUGAAAAUUCGCCCUGCCAUUUCUACAGUUAUGAAAAGGACCGCAAACUAAUAUAUUCCAUCUACCUCUCUAUUUGUCACAGUUACAUUUUUACAGUAGGUCUCACCUACCUACCCUUAUCCUUCAGAUCUGCAAAGGCCCGCCAUCAAGUUUAGAGGAAAGGGAGCAAACUUGUGUUGACAUAGUAUGAGAGGGUCAGUGUGUGGUUGGACUCUUAUCUGAAAACUCGCCCUGCCAUUUCUACAGAUAUGAAAAGGCCUGCAAACUAAUAUAUUCCAUCUACCUCUCUAUUUGUCAAAGUUAAAUUUUUACAGUAGGUCUCACCUACCUAUCCUUAUCCUUCAGAUCCGCAAAGGCCCGCCAUCAAGUUUAGAGGAAAGGGAGCAAACUUGUGUUGACAUAGAUCUCCUAUCCAAUCUCUCCAGCCCAUUAUCUCCCUAUCAUUCAUUUAUCUACAGCUCCCCCAUGGACUCCCUCCCACCAGUGUGGGCCUGGAGACAGAGGUAGAGAAGCGCUUUCUACGCGACCCUGCCUGGCUUCCCAUACACGAUACCGACGCUGCCUUCCACAGGUUUCUGAAGUGAGUCUGCUUACAUUUCUUAUUAGGGUUUUUACUUCUAAACUUUUUAUUUAUUUGAUGCAAUGUAAAUCUUUCUUGGGAAGUGGUGUUUAUAAGGGGAAUUCAGUGGUCCAGAUGAGGCUGUUGUACCACAUGGUCACAGAAUUAACUUGCGGUAACAGACUUGUUGUUUUUCUCUAGGCUGGCUGAGAGAGAUGUUCAUGUAGACUCUCUUCUCCAUUGUGCUCCAUCUACUAUGCACUCUGGCAUCUCAGUAAUCAGAGAUCCAACAACAGGAAUGUUGUUGGACUUCACUGAGGUACAUACUAGUGUCAGAUCUUACUAAGCUAUUCUGUCUUAGUCUGUGUGUCCCAAUCAUACAGCUAUGAUAAUGAUGUGACUCAAUGGGAACAUUCAAAAUUGUAGCACUUCCCUGAGUGAUGAUCGACUAAUCUUAUUGAAAGGUCUACUUUGAUUUAUAUACACUUGCUACACAUUUUGCAACCCAAUGUAAUUAAAUCUCUCUCUCACUCUAUCCAGGUGUUACUGGGGGACACAGGCAUCUCUGCUAAAAAUUCUAUGUCCCUACAACGUCCACCAAACCCUAAUCCCUCUGAGAGCCUCAGAGGAAGCAACACCAACUACCCCUUUCUGCCCGGUGGGUCUGACUCACCACCUAAAUAUAUUAUCAGAGCCAUAUACACUAUAUAUACAAAAGUAUGUGGACACCCUUUCAAAUUAGUGGAUUCGGCUAUUUCAGCCACACGCGUUGCUGACAGGUGUAUACAAUCGAGCACACAGCCAUGCAAUCUCCAUAGACAAACUUUGGCAGGAGAAUGGCCUUACUGAAGAGCUCAGUUACUUUCAACGUGGCACCGUCAUAGGAUGCCACCUUUCCGACAAGUCAGUUCGUCAAAUGUCUGCCCUGCUAGAGCUGCCCCGGUCAACUGUAAGUGCUGUUAUUGUGAAGUGGAAACGUCUAGGAGCAACAACGGCUCAGCCGCAAAGUGGUAGGCCAUACAAGCUCACAGAACGGGACCGCUGAGUGCUGAAGCGCAGAGCGCGUAAAAGUCGUCUAUCCUCGGUUGCAACACUCACUAAGUUCCAAACUGCCUCUGGAAGCAACGUCAGCACAAUAACUGUUCGUCGGGAGCUGCAUGAAAUGGGUUUCCAUGGCAGAGCAGCCGCACACAAGCCUAAGAUCACCAUGCGCAAUGCCAAGCGUCGGCUGGAGUGGUGUAAAGCUCGCCGCGUUCUCUGGAGUGAUGAAUCACGCUUCACCGUCUCGCAGUCCGACAGACUAAUCUGGGUUUGGCGGAUGCCAGGAGAACGCUACCUGUCCCAAUGCAUAGUGUCAACUGUAAAGUUUGUUAGAGGAGGAAUAAUGGUCUGGGGCUGUUUUUCAUGGUUCAGGCUACACCCCUUAGUUCCAGUAAAGGGAAAUCUUAACGCUACAGCAUACAAUGACAUUCUAGACUAUUCUGUGCUUCCAACUUUGUGGCAACAGUUUGGGGAAGGCCCUUUCCUGUUUCAGCAUGACAAUGCCCCCAUGCACAAAGUGAGGUCCAUACAGAAAUGGUUUAACGAGAUCGGUGUGGAAGAACUUGACCGGCCUGCACCUCAACUCCAUCGAACACCUUUUGGAUGAAUUGUUACGCCGACUACGAGCCAGGCCUUAUUGCCCAACAUCAGUGCCAACCUCACUAAUGCUCUUGUGGCUGAAUGGAAGCAAGUCCCUGCAGCAAUGUUCCAACAUCUAGUGGAAUGCCUUCCCAGAAGAGUGGAGGCUGUUACAGCAGCAAAGGGGGGACCAACUCCAUAUUAAUGCCCAUGAUUUUGGAGUGAGAUGUUCGACGAGCACUUUUGGUCAUGUAGUGUGUGUAUAUAUGGCUCUGAAAUAUAUAAUAAAUGUUUGUUGUAAGUUGUGUCUUCCUUUUAGUCAAGAAUAUAAAUAUGAACUCUUUCUCUAUCUUGUGUCAUAGGUGGUAUGGAGGAGCUGACACUGGAGCAAAUCAAGAAGAAAUCAGAGCUGGAGGAGGACAUAGACUUUGAGAAUGGUGAUUUGACCUUUAUUAUGGGGUUGAGAUGGUGAAGGGGCAAUGGUCAUACAAAAGACUGCCUGUGCACAGUGAGGGGGGUUAUUGUGAGGCGGGAUGCUUGCUUUACAAUGAAAAUGCAGACUAGAAGGGCCUUUGAAGUAACACACUGUGUGCUGUUCCGAGGAACCAAAUGGUUCUCUUCAAAAAUCAGAAUACAGAUUAGACAGAUAUUUUUGUUAUUGAGUAUAUAUGUUUCUUGCUUGUCUUAGUUCAUGUUUAUGUAAGUAAUAUACACUACCAGUCAAAAGUUUGGACACCUACUCAUUCAAGGGUUUUUCUUUAGUUUGACUAUUUUUUACAUUGUAGAAUAAUAGUAAAGAUAUCAAAACUAUGAAAUAACACAUAUGGAAUAUUGUAGUAACCAAACAAGUGUUAAAGAAAUCAAAAUAUAUUUUAGAUUCUUCAAAUAGCCACCCUUUGCCUUGAUGACAGCUUUAAUAUGGACCAAGUCCAUAUUAUGGCAAGAACAUAUUACAUUUACGUCAUAUAGCAGACGCUCUUAUCCAGAGCGACUUACAGUUAGUGAAUAUAUAUAUUUUUUUAUACUGGCCCCCCGUGGGAAUCGAACCCACAACCCUGGCGUUGCAAACGCCAUGCUCUAUCAACUGAGCUACAUCCCUGCCGGCCAUUCCCUCCCCUACCCUGGACGACGCUGGGCGAAUUGUGCGCCGCCCAUGAGUCUCCCGGUCGCGGUCGGCUGCGACAGAGCCUGGAUUCGAACCAGGAUCUCUAGUGGCACAGUUAGCACUGCGAUGCAGUGCCUUAGACCACUGCGCCACUCAAGAGUACUGAUUGCAGACAGUCCAUCAUUACUUUAAGACAUGAAGGUAUCAACAACUUUGAAAGUUUCUUCAAGUGCAGUUGCAAAAACCAUCAAGCGCUUGAUGAAACUGGCUCUCAUGAGGACUGCCACAGGAAUGGAAGACCCAGAGUUACCUCUGCUGCAGAGGAUACGUUCAUUAGAGUUACCAGCCUCAGAAAUUGCAGCCCAAAUAAAUGCUUCACAGAGUUCAAGUAACAGACACAUCUCAACAUCAACUGUUCAGAGGAGACUGUGUGAAUCAGGCCUUCAUGGUCGAAUUGCUGCAAAGAAACCACUACUAAAGGACACCAAUAAUAAGAAGAGACUUACUUGGGCCAAGAAACACGAGCAAUGGACAUUAGACUGGUGGAAAUGUGUCCUUUGGUCGGGAGUCCAAAUUUGAGAUUUUUGUUUCCAACCGCCGUGUCUUUGUGAGACGCGGUGUGGGUGAACGGAUGAACUCCACAUGUGUAUUUCCCACCGUAAAGCAUGGAGGUGUUAUGGUGUGGAGGUGCUAUUCUGGUGACACUGUCUGUGAUUUAUUUAGAAUUCAAGGCAUACUUAACCAGCAUGGCUACCACAGAAUUCUGCUGCGAUAUGACAUCCCAUCUGGUUUGGGCUUAGUGGGACUAUCAUUUGUUUUACAACAGGACAAUGACCCAACACACCUCCAGGCUGUGUAAGGGCUAUUUGACCUAGAAGGAGAGUGAUGGAGUGCUGCAUCAGAUGACCUGGCCUCCACAAUCUCCCGACCUCAACCCAAUUGAGAUGGUUUGGGAUGAGUCAGACGGCAGAGUGAAGGAAAAGCAGCCAACAAGUGCUCAGCAUAUGUGGGAACUCCAUCAAGACUGUUGGAAAAGCAUUCCAGGUGAAGCUGGUUGAGAGAAUGCCAAGAGUGUGCAAAGCUGUCAUCAAGGCAAAGAGUGGCUAUUUGAAUAAUCUCAAAUAUAAAAUAUAUUUUGAUUUGUUUAACACUUUUUUGGUUACUACAUGAUUCCAUCUGUUAUUUCAUAGUUUUGACAUCUUCACUAUUAUUCUACAAUGUAGAAAAUAGUAAAAAUAAAGAAAAACCCUUGAAUGAGUGUGUCCAAACUUUUGACUGGUAGUGUAUGUAUUUCCCUUUACCUUAGGGUUACUCACAGUGCCCCCUGGACUGAAAGUUGGGAUGGACUUCAGUGACAAAGGUUUGAAUGGACAUUUGUUCCUAAAGGUUAUCCUCUUGACUUGGCUUGAAUAAAUAUAUAAUACAUUUUCUUUCUUUUUUAAAUUCUCUAUAAAGAUGCCAAAACCACAAAGGGAGAAAUCAACCUCCUGUCCCUCCUGUCCACCUUUGAUGACAUCGUAGACUCCCAGCCUGAGGCAGAAGAGAAGGAGAAAGGUCACGGAAGUGGAAACGCUCCAAAGCUACCCAGAACCAACAGCCUGGAAGACCUGGGGAUCAAGGUAUUGAAUAAAUACAUUUUUUCUGUUGUUUAUUGACAAAUACGAUCUACAUCUCAAAUGUAUCUCCCAUCUAACUUAGCUUCUGUGGUUUGUCAUGUUCAUAUAUUGAAAGGUGGUUGUCUAUUUCCUCCUGUAGGACUCUCCCUCUACACCUGGGAUCACCUCUACAGAGAAGAAAGAUGGAGGAACGACCAAACCAGGAGAGGGCCAGGAGGAGAAGAAGAGAUGGGCAAUCCCAGUAGACAUCACCUCCCCCUGCGGUGACUUCUAUAAACGGAUCCCGAACCCUGCCUUCAAGGUACUGUGCUGUAAUUACAAAAUAUGUUGGUGGUUUGAUUAAUGAAGUUGAAUAUGUCGAUGAUUAAUGUGUUCAUUAGUCCUAUGUAGAUUAAAGAAGCCUGGUCAUUGAAAUGAUCUGAUACCUACACAUAUUACAGGGUUUUGUUUUAUAGUGUUAUGACAUUAUUACAGUCUAUUCCCUUAUUGGCACAGAACCUUGUUCAUUCCACAAUACUAAUGUGAUCCCCACCUCUCCCUGUCUCUCCCAGUAUCCCUUUGAGUUGGACGUGUUCCAGAAGCAGGCAGUGUUGAGGCUGGAGGCCCAUGAGUCUGUGUUUGUGGCAGCUCACACAUCAGCAGGCAAAACCGUGGUGGCCGAAUACGCCAUAGCACUCUCACAGAAGCACAUGACCAGGUGUGUGUGUUUACACGUUUGUCAUCCUCUCUAAAAUCUUUAAUCCAACAGGAUAUAAAUAUGGGAUAUAUUAGAAACUCCUGAUGUUGAAAUAGACAAAUUGGAAAUGGACUUGUUCCCUGUUUUCCAUGUUGGGCCAUCCAAUCACAUCUGGUGCAAUCUAACCUCUCCAUCUAUUUGCACCUUCUGAUAGGACCAUCUAUACCUCCCCCAUCAAGGCGCUGUCCAAUCAGAAGUUCCGGGACUUCAAGACCACCUUUGGGGACGUGGGGCUGCUGACCGGGGACGUCCAGCUGAGUCCUGAAGCCUCCUGUCUCAUCAUGACCACUGAGAUAUUGAGGUGACGUAACAUAUACAGUACAUCAUAUACAUCACUUAUAAAACAUUACACAUUAUUAGAUAACUGUACACAUUAUAUCACACUAUAUCACAUUAUACCUCCACACCUCCAGGACCAAGCUCCGCUCUAUGGGGGAUUGUAACAUAUACAGUACAUCAUAUACACCAAACAUUAUACAUUAUAAUAUAAAAUUGCACAUUAUAUCACACAUUAACCCUAUGGAACACUGUUUUUAUACUGUCUAAUUGAACGCAUACCAUGGUCAUGUAUUGACAUACCCCUAGCCAUGUAGGCCUAUACAGUGCCUUGCAAAAGUAUUCAGCCCCCUUGGCGUUUUUCCUAUUUUGUUGCAUUACAACCUGUAAUUUAAAUGGAUUUGUAUUUGUAUUUCAUGUAAUGGACAUACACAAAAUAGUCCAAAUUGGUGAAGUGUAAUGAAAAAAGUAACUUGUUUCAAAACAUUCUAAAAAAAUAAAUAAAGGAAAAGUGGUGCGUGCAUAUGUAUUCACCCCCUUUGCUAUGAAGCCCCUAAAUAAGAUCUGGUGCAACCAAUUACCUUCAGAAGUCACAUAAUUAGUUAUAUAAAGUCCACCUGUGUGCAAUCUAAGUGUCACAUGAUCUGUCACAUGAUCUCAGUAUAUAUACCCCUGUUCUGAAAGGCCCCAGAGUCUGCAACACCACUAAGCAAGGGGCACCAUAAAGACCAAGGAGCUCUCCAAACACGUCAGGGACAAAGUUGUGGAGAAGUACAGAUCAGGAUUGGGUUAUAAAAAAAUAUCUGAAACUUUGAACAUCCCACAGAGCACCAUUAAAUCCAUUAUUAAAAAAUUGAAAGAAUAUGGCACCACAACCAACCUGCCAAGAGAGGGCCGGCCACCAAAAUUCACGGACCAGGCAAGGAGGGCAUUAAUCAGAGAGGCAACAAAGAGACCAAAGAUUACCCUGAAGGAGCUGCAAAGCUCCACAGCAGAGAUUGAGGCAUCUGUCCAUAGGACCACUUUAAGCCGUACACUCCCCAGAGCUGGGCUUUACGGAAGAGUGGCCAGAAAAAAAGCCAUUGCUUAAAGAAAAAAAUAAGCAAACACGUUUGGUGUUCGCCAAAGGCAUGUGGGAGACUCCCCAAACAUAUGGAAGAAGGUACUCUGGUCAGAUGAGACUAAAAUUGAGCUUUUUGGCCAUCAAGGAAAACGCUAUGUCUGGCGCAAACCCAACACCUCUAAUUACCCAGAGAACACCAUCCCCACAGUGAAGCAUGGUGGUGGCAGCAUCAUGCUGUGGGAAUGUUUUUCAUCGGCAGGGACUGUGAAACUGGUCAGAAUUGAAGGAAUGAUGGAUGGCGUUAAAUACAGGGAAAUUCUUGAGGGAUUCUUCCAGAGAUUUGACACUGGGACAGAGGUUCACCUUCCAGCAGGACAAUGACCCAAAGCAUACUGCUAAAGCAACACUGGAGUGGUUUAAGGGGAAACAUUUAAAUGUCUUGGAAUGGCCUAGUCAAAGCCCAGACCUCAAUCCAAUUGAGAAUCUGUGGUAUGACUUAAAGAUUGCUGUACACCAGCGGAACCCAUCCAACUUGAAGGAGCUGGAGCAGUGUUGCCUUGAAGAAUGGGCAAAAAUCCCAAUGGCUAGAUGUGCCAAGCUUAUAGAGACAUACACCAAGAGACUUGCAGCUGUAAUUGCUGCAAAAGGUGGCUCUACAUAGUAUUGACUUUGGGGGGGUGAAUAGUUAUGCACGCUCAAGUUUUCCGUUUUUUUGUCUUAUUUCUUGUUUGUUUCACAAGAAAAAAUAUUUUGCAUCUUCAAAGUGGUAGGCAUGUUGUGUAAAUCAAAUGAUACAAACCCCCCAAAAAUCAAUUUUAAUUCCAGGUUGUAAGGCCACAAAAUAGGAAAAAUGCCAAGAGGGUUGAAUACUUUUGCAAGCCACUUCAGCUUACUAACUCUAUGUAACACUGAGUGAUGCUUUUCCAUAUACUGUUUGACUGACACAUUCUCCCUCCCUCUCUCUCUUGUAGGUCCAUGCUCUAUAACGGUUCAGAGGUCAUCAGAGAUUUAGAGUGGGUGAUCUUUGACGAGGUUCACUACAUCAAUGAUGCUGAGGUAACAGAGAAGCCUCAGUCUCAAAACCUUCCCCUCUCACUGUUUUAGUCAAUCACAUGUCACUAAAUCUCAUUCUCUUCCGUUUUCUUUCCCUCCCUUUCUGUUUUUCUCUCCUUCUUAGAGAGGAGUGGUGUGGGAGGAAGUUUUGAUCAUGUUACCCGACCACGUCAGCAUUAUUCUGCUGAGUGCCACUGUCCCUAACGCUGUGGAGUUCAGUGAGUGGAUCGGGUACGUUGUCAACUAUUGCCUACUGUUCUCCUGAUCACCCCAUCUUAACACCUGUCAUCACCAAACCCAAAGCAUGUACUCUAUAUAUACAAAAGUAUGUGGACACAUUAGUUGAUUCAGCUAUUUCAGCCACACCCGUUUCUGACAGGUGUAUAAAAUCGAGCACACAGCCAUGCAACCUCCAUAGUCAAAUUUCUGCUGUGCUAGAGCUGCCCCGGUCAACUGUAAGUGGUGUUAUUGUGAAGUGGAAACGUCUAGGAGUAACAAUGGCUCAGUCGCGAAGUGGUAGGCCACACAAGCUAACAGAAUGGGACCGCCGAGUGCUGGAACUCGGUAUUUGCAACACUCACUACCGAGUUCCAAACUGCAUCUGGAAGCAACGUCAGCAAAAUAACUGUUCGCCGGGAGCUUCAUGAAAUGGGGUUCCAUGGCUGAGCAGCCACACACAAGCCUAAGAUCAUCAUGCGCAUUGCCAAGCGUCAGCUGGAGUGGUGUAAAGCAAGUCCCCGCAGCAAUGUUCCCACAUCUAGUGGAAAGCCUUCCCAGAAUAGUGGAGGCUGUUAUAGCAGCAAAGGGGGGACCAACUCCAUAUUAAUGCCUAUGAUUUUGGAAUGAGAUGUUCGACGAGCAGGUGUCCACAUACCUUUGGUCAUGUAGUGUAUGUUGGGAAAGACACUGUUAAACCAUGCAAGUUUUCUUGAGUACAUGACCUACUGAGGAAGAACUCUGGGCCCUAGUUCAAGGGCCCAGAGUAUUUGUUGGUCAAGUCGUGUGGUUAGAAAAAACUCCUGGCCCUAGGUAAAGGACAGUAAUAGCCAUUGCUAUGGUCACAGUAUGGAGCAUUUAUAGUGUGUGUUCAAUGUUGUGCUUGGCCUCUAGUCUAUGAGUGGAAUGAUGUCUUUGAGUUGUGUAUGGAUGCUUUAGUUUCUCCUCUCCCUUCCCCCUCUCCUUUCCAGGCGCAUUAAGAAGAAGCACAUCUACGUGAUCAGCACAGCGAAGAGACCUGUGCCUCUGGAACAUUACCUGUACACUGGCAACAGCACCAAGACCCAGAAGGAGAUGUUUUUACUGCUGGACCCUACAGGCAACUUCCAAACCAAAGGGUAAGUACACACACACACACACACACACACACCUGGCCUCAUAACAACUUGGAUGAUAAUCAGAAAAUGAUCCAUACCGACCGAACCGACAAUUUAUCGAGGACAGUUUACUGAUAUCGAUAAUAAAGAUAAGUAGCCUUUACUAGAGGAAUGUGAAGUUUGAAAUAAAAUGUCUGCUACUAUUGCUAAAAGGACAAUUGAUAGCCACAGCAUUCAAAGUAGUAGUAGUAGUUUUAAAGGUAAUAUAAAAAGUACAUUCUUGUUGUAAACGUAUCAUUCAAUUUAUCGUUAUCGUGAUAAUCAGUCAAUUUAUAGUGAUAUGGCUUUUUGUCCUUAUGGCCAGCUCUAGUUGUCAUGGAGAGUGAUGUAGUGAUAACUUUUUAAUGUUUGGUGGUUUCUUUGUUUUAAGGUACUAUGCUGCUAUAGAUGCCAAAAAGGAACGCACCAGUAAACACGCCCAGUCCUUUGGGACGAAAAAUGCAUCUCAGAACACUACACCCAACCAGGUACAGAAUAUCACCCCUACUUUCUCUGGGCUCUAUUUGAACAAACCUAGCGCUGGCAGUAGCGCUAUAGGUCCGGGGUGUGUCAGAAAUAUUGUUGCUAUUUUCACAACCAUAAUUGUGGGCGCAGUUCCUUGCAGUGGCGCGAAAGGGCUGGGUUUUGAUGAGUAAACAAGUUGUGAGUGUGUCGAGGCUUGCCUCCUCACUGGCCAAUCAGAACGUGCUUCAUGGCUAAAUAUGGCUAAGUAUGUGGUUGCUUCAAGUUGUGUAUUUACGGUCUUUCAGUUAUUGUGUUGUCAUCAAUUCCAGUUUGAAUGUUAGUCUGUUAUAGCCUAGUACGUUAAAUAGCCUGCCCCAUAUUUUCACAAUAUGUUGAACAUGUUUGCAGUCCAAUCAAAUUCAAAUAAAAACGAAACAACAACUUAUUUCAAAUAGGCUAUGUCUAAAUACAGUUACAGGCACCAUAAUUGCUCCUCAUAGGCGUAUAAUACAGACAAGGCAACAGACUAUGGAGGGUUUUACGCACGUCUAAAACGGAGCUGCAUGGCUAAAAUAAUGUAGGCCUUUCUACAAUACAUAAAGUGCAUUCGGAAGUAUUCAGACCUCUUGACUUUUUCCACAUUUUGUUACGUUACAGCCUUAUUCUAAAAUUGAUUAAAUAAAUUUUUCCCUCAUCAAUCUACACACAAUAACCCAUAAUGACAAAGCGAAAACAGGUUUCACGAGCCAAACCCUUUAUCAACAGUCUUGACUACUUGGAAAUUGCAAUGGGCAGGACCCCCAAAAGGAUUGCCUUCAUUGAGAGCAGUUGAGGCUAUACUUGGUUUUUAAUCAAAUAAAAUGAAAUUGGGGAAAAAAUUAAAUAUAUAUGUUUCUAAAUAUGAAGUAUACAGGCACCGAAAGCACAUUACUCUUGUUCCAUGCACAAAUGGGCAGAGUGCGUCACGGCUGGAUAGGCUGAGUUUCCGCUAUCAAAAUUCAUGCUAUAACCAACCGCGUUACCGCUUAAACCAGCUUUUGGUUGGUCUUAAAUAUCCCUACCAGCACUGCCUGCAAUUAGCACUUUGGAUCACGUUUUUAAGGACACACCUCAAAUAUUUCCACCCCUCCCAUCUGAGCAAAAGCAAGCUGAUAAAAGACAGGUAAAUUACCAAUCCUUGUGCAAGUUUGAAAAUGGAAGAGAGCUGGCUUUAACAGGUCGAAAUUGCCAAUGAACGUGCGUUUGACACUAGCACCGCCUUAACACCAGCCGAAAGUAAAGCCCCCUCUCUCUGUCACUCACUCAUUCCCAUCAUAGGUCUUCUGUCAGUUUUUGAACAUCUUCUCCACUUUGCCAUGUCUCCAUUGGCCAUCUUCUCUCUGUAUCAUUUUUUACUCUUUCCUUCUCACUCCAUUUUCUCAUCCCUCUCUCCAUCUCUCUCCACCAGGACCGGGCGGUGUGGCUUUCUCUCCUCCACUUCCUGUCCCAGCGCCAGCAGACCCCCGUGGUGGCGUUCACCUUCUCCAGGACGCGCUGCGACGACAAUGCCCGCUCUCUAACCUCCAUGGACCUCACCAGCUCAGUGGAGAAGAGCGAGAUCCACUCCUUUUUCCAGAAGAGCCUGAGCCGCCUCAGGGGAGGGGACCGCCAGCUGCCCCAGGUAUGCUGCACUCUGGCUGGGGCCGGUUAUCUGGGAGAACUAAGACCUGCCUAUCAUAUUCUAUUGUUCCUUGGAAAAUGUUUCAUGCAACCAUCAACAAUGCAAUGAAUUCGGCUCACAGGGCUGCGGAAUUAUUAUUCCAUAUUAUAGCCAAUCGUAGCACAUAGAUUGAACUUUUGGAUAUAUAACCUAGGAAUUGUUGUUACCAACCCUUCCUAUGUUGUAGAUCCUGUUGAUGAGGGACCUACUGAAGAGGGGGAUCGGCGUGCAUCACAGUGGCAUCCUGCCAAUCCUGAAGGAGGUCAUUGAGAUGCUGUUCUCGCGGGGGCUAGUAAAGGUGAAUCGUAUUGGUCUGUUUUUUGAAUCAGUGUGACGAUUUGUCAAUUUCCUGAAAUGCCAUGUCUGAUUACAAGUCCUAACUUACAUCCUCUACCUACAGUACCAGUCCAAAGUUUGGACACACCUACUCAUUCAAGGGUUUUUCUUUAUUUUUACUAUUUUCUACAUUGUAGAAUAAUAGUGAAGAUGUCAAAACUAUGAAAUAACACAGAUGGAAUCAUGUAGUAAUCAAAAAAGUGUUAAACAAAUCAAAAUGACAGCUUUGCACACUCUUGGCAUUCUCUCAACCAGCUUCAUGAGGAAUGUUUUUCCAACAGUCUUGAAGGAGUUCCCACAUAUGCUGAGUAGUUGUUGGCUGCUUUUCCUUCACUCUGCGGUCCAACUCAUCCCAAACAAGCUCAAUUGGGUUGAGGUCGGGGGAUUGUGGAGGCCAGGUCAUCUGAUGCAGCACUCCAUCACUCUCCUUCUUGGUCAAAUAGCCCUUACACAGCCUGGAGGUGUGUUGGGUCAUUGUCCUGUUGAAAAACCAAUGAUAUUCCCACCAAGCCCAAACCAGAUGGGAUGGCGUAUCGCUGCAGAAUGCUGUGGUAGCCAUGCUGGUUAAGUGUGCCUUGAAUUCUAAAUAAAUCACAGACAGUGUCACCAGCAAAGCACCGUCACACCACCACCUCCAUGCUUCAAGGUGGGAACCACACAUGCAGAGAUCAUCCGUUCACCUACUCUGCGUCUCACAAAGACACGGCAGUUGGAACCAAAAAUCUCAAAUUUGGACUCAUCAGACCAAAGGACAGAUUUCCACCGGUCUAAUGUCCAUUGCUCAUGUUUCUUGGCCCAAGCAAGUCUCUUCUUAUUGGUGUCCUUUAGUAGUGGUUUCUUUGCAGCAAUUUGACCUUGAAGGCCUGAUUCACGCAUUCUCCUCUGAACAGUUGAUGUCGAGAUGUCUCUGUUACUUGAACCCUGUGAAGCAUUUAUUUGGGCUGCAAUCUGAGGUUCAGUUAACUCUAAUUAACUUAUCCUCUGCAGCAGAGGUAACUCUGGGUCUUCGUUUCCUGUGGCAGUCCUCAUGAGAGCCAGUUUCAUCAAAGCGCUUGAUGGUUUUUGCAACUGAACUUGAAGAAACUUUCAAAGUUCUUGACAUUUUCCGGAUUGACUGACCUUCAUGUCUUAAAGUAAGGAUGGACUGUCCGUAAUAUGUUCUUGCCAUAAUAUGGACUUGGUCUUUUAACAAAUAAUCUUCUGUAUUCCACCCCUACCUUGUCACAACACAACUGAUUGGCUCAAACGCAUUAAGAAGGAAAGAAAUUCCACAAAUUAACUUUUAACAAGGCACACCUGUUAAUUGAAAUGCAUUCCAGGUGACUACCUCAUGAAGCUGGUUGAGAGAAUGCCAAGAGUGUGCAAAGCUGUCAUCAAAGCAAAGGGUGGCUAUUUGAAGAAUCUCAAAUAUAAAAUAUAUUUUGAUUUGUUUAACACUUAUUUGGUUACUACAUGAUUCCAUAUGUGUUAUUUCAUAGUUUUGAUGUCUUCACUAUUAUUCUACAAUGUAGAAAAUAGUACAAAUAAAGAAAAACCCUGGAAUGAGUAGGUGUGUCCAAACGUUUGACUGGUACAGUAUGUUUGUUUGUAUUUGUGUGUGUAUAUCAGAGGGGUUUGAAAACAAAAAAAAGCAGAAGACAAAUUCAUCAACUCAAAGUGUAUUUAAAGUGCAUUUAACAAAGUCUUAACACACGUUACAAUAAAUGUAUAUCCCUCAGGUUCUGUUUGCCACUGAGACAUUUGCUAUGGGAGUGAACAUGCCUGCGAGGACCGUGGUGUUUGACAGCAUACGGAAACACGAUGGUACCGGCUUCAGAAACCUGCUGCCUGGUACUCUCCCUUCCUCCUCACACGUUUAUAUACACAACAUUAGGGGUUUAAUGGUACACGUAUUAGUACCGAACCGUUCGGUACAGGGACCUCGUUUCGUUCUGCACUGUGAACCGUAAUGAAUACAUUAAAAAUAUAUAACAAAAAUAAAAACACUAGGCUUAUAGGCUAUGCCUACGUUGCGUUCUAUGCCUCUUGAGUAAUUCAGCUGAAAAAAAGAUUUCAGGCUAUUCGGUUAAAACAACUACAGCCAAUACGCAAAUUGUAAUCAAAAUUCAAAUCUUAAUUGGCGCAUUUCAAACGGUUCUUUUGUGAGGCGCAGCCGGGAUCUAGUUCUGUACUAUGGCGAGUGGUGAGUUCGAUAAACCAGGAAGAUUCUUCAUCGUUAAAAUCUCCAGUUUGGGAACAAUUUGGCUUCCCAGUAGAUUACAAUGGGGAUGGACAAAGAUAGUUUGUCGCCACUGUUAAACGAGAAUAGCCUAUCUAGACAUCACCCUAGUAUUCCUACCACCGGAGUAAGACGGAAACACAAAAAGAACAACACAACUUUGUCUCCCUCCUGCAUUCAAGCAGCCCUUCGCAGCUAAUUCUGACCGUGCCAAAUAAAUUACAAGAUAGGUCUGUUUAUAGCCACUGAUUUGCACCCAUUGUCGGUGGUUGAGAAGAAAGGGUGUUUCAUCACCUCGUGAAAGUGCUCGAGCAACGUUACGAGCUUCUCGCUCUCACACCCAUUUCAGCAAACAGGUAGUACCAGCUCUGUACAAGCAAGCUAAAGCCGAAGUUGUCAAUGAAUUGGCUAAUGCACCCUGGGUUGCGCUUACUACAGAUGGAUGGACCUCCAGGUCUACACAGAGCUACUUAACAGUGACAGCCCAUCACAUUACUGCGGAGUGGGAAAUGAGAAGUACCGUGCUACAGACACGCACCCUUUAUGAGAGUCACAGAAGUGCGCAUAUUUUUCUCUUUUUAAGAAAACGUUAUAGCAUAGGCCAAUACAAUGUCUGAGCCAUGUUUACAUAUUGGUUUCACACAGAUAUUGCACUUUAUUUUUAGUGUUGUUGAUGAGUAAUCAUGUGUUUUCAUUUAAGAAAAUACAAAGUGUUGGUACUCUUGAUUGUGCCCUCAUCAGGCAUUAUGUGACUCAUGAUCAUAUAUGGAAUCAGGAAUACCAACACUUUGUAUUUUCUUAAAUAAACAAAAAUCAACUACAGUAACUAUUGGAAUUUCGUUUUCCUGCUGUUCCCGAAACUGAACCGUGACCACAAUACCUACCAAACCAUGGGUUUGGUGAACCGUUUCAUCCCUACAUAACAUCCUUUUCAUUCUCUCUCUCUCUCUCUCUCUGGCUCUGGCUCUGGCUCUGGCUCUGGCUCUGGCUCUGGCUCUGGCUCUCUCUCUGGCUCUGGCUCUCUCUCUCUCUCUCUCUCUCUCUCUCUCUCUCUCUCUCUCUCUCUCUCUCUUUCUGCCUGCCUCUGUCGGUCGGUCUGUCUCCCUCACUCUCUCUCUGUGAAGCAAACAUAACAUCAACACUUUCAUUAUAGCAAAAGAAAAAUCAAUGAAUGACCCAAAUAAUGUUGUUGAAGGCACUCUAGAAUUAACAGCUGAUUUGCACAUUUUUGCACAGAUUUUGAAACUGAUAGAAAAGCAGAGCAUGAGUGCUUACAGGCAGUAUUUUAAUCCGAUGCCACUUCAAUCUCUCGCUUUCUCUCAGAUUUUUGAGUGGAAAGGAGAAAAUAGAAUGGAUGUUUUUCUACAUGUUUAAGAGCUCUUAGUUUCAUAUGACUAACCUAUUUGCCUCUCUCUGUCACUUUCUUUCUCUCUCUGUCGCUCUCUCUCCCUCUGUCACUCACUCUCUGUCGCUCUCUUCUCUCUCGCUAUUGCUCUCUCUCUCAGGUGAGUAUAUACAGAUGGCUGGUAGAGCAGGUAGGAGAGGUCUGGAUGCCACAGGCACUGUCAUCAUCCUCUGCAAGUCAGGGGUACAUGAAAUGGGGGACCUACAUGUCAUGAUGCUGGUAAGGCUUCCAUCAGAAUGUACUGUCUUCUUCCAUUCAAUACCACUACAUCAGUGGACCACUGGUGGUCUGUGAUUUAUUUUUGUAAUGUAUUUUUGUGCUGAAGUUUUUAGAAUUUUUUGUUUGACAGGACAAACAAACCAACAUACAUUAUACACAUGUAACCCCCCCCCCCAUCCCUUUCCUCUUCCCACAUGCAGGACCUGCUUACUUGAGUGCAUAUAUCAAAGUAGUCAUUUUAAACUGUUAAGUGUUGUAGUCCAUAUGUUAAUAUUGUCUGAUUUUGCACCAUGCAGUCGAGAGAUUGAUAAGUUUAAGUUGUGCAAUGUCCAUGAAGGAGGAACUCCAUUGCUGAUGUGGCAGAAUGUGUGUGGCUUGCCAUCGUAAGGCAACCAUUCUCUUGGCUGCGGUUAGGCCGGCAAGCCAAAUCCUUCUUUGCCUGUAUGUUAGGUUCAGUGAAGUCAUCAUUAAGCAGUAGCACAUUGGAAAGACUUGGGAUGGAUUUAGACAAAAUGCUUGAUUAUGAUGAAGCCACAGAUUGCCAAAAGGAAAAAACCUCUGGGAACUCCCAGACCAUAUGAAUGAAUGUGCCAGGACUCGCACCCUGGGGGAAGAGCAUACAGACGGGGGUUGAAUUUAUGUUCAUCUGAAAAAGUUUUUGGGGAGUCUCAUAACUCGUAUUCCAAAUUGUAGUGGGCCAUUUGGUGAUUUGUGUUUCUUGAUGAGAAUGUUAAUGUUGGACCAGACAGUACUCCAGUUAAUAUCUACUGUUGCGAUAUCUUAGUUCCAUUUUGAAUUGAUUGGUGAUAUGUUGCUUUGAGCAGGAAUAUAUAUAUAUAUAUAUAAUUUGUUGGAGACUAUGUCCAUGCUGUUCAUAUAUGAUACUUGAUCUGAACCCCAGGGUACUCUAUAAGCACAUAGAGCAGAGCGAAGCGGCAAAUAAAAGAUACAAUUAAGAACCAGGCAGAUGAUAUUGCUUUUUCAAGUCAAUUUUUUAUUUAUUUUUUCUUCCAAAAAGGAAAGGAAAGGGGGAUACCUAGUCAGUUGUACAACUGAAUGCAUUCAACUGAAAUCUGUCUUCCUCAUUUAACCCAACCCCUCUGAAUAUGAGAGGUGCAGGGGAUUGCCUUAAUCAUCGUCCACGUCAUCAGAACAGCAGAUUUUUCAACCUUGCAGGCUUGGGGAUUCGAACCAGCGACCUUUCGGUUACUGGCCCAAUACUCUUUUUAACCGCUAGGCUACCUGCCACAGUUGGGAGUAUUAAUGAUUUUUUAACAAUUCUACAUUACUUUUCGCAAUACAAAUUGUUUAAUAAACAUCCAUCUGUAAUAAUAGGCCUUUAAUCGCUUACAUUCACUGAUCAAAUUGAUUCUAAAUUUGACCGCUAAAAUAUUUUAUGUUUAAAAAAAUCUGCGACUCCGCAAGCUUUUGACAAUUAUAUGGUGGUCCCCGGAAAGAAAAGGUUUGGGAACCGCUGCACUACAUCAGUCGCUUCUUUUUUUACAAGGGUAUUACUUGGCUUACUUUUCCCAAGGGUGAGGGGAUAGCUCAUAGAAUUAAAAAGGGAUUGCUAUUCUACCAAGGAUAUGAUAAUAAAAAUCCCAUAAUUGGUAUUUAAAUCCAAAAUCCCUCAACAGUUUCCAUCUAGCUCGCCCUGUAAGUGCUCCUCCAUUGUACAGAACAUCAAAACAUAGGCUGUGUACCAAUUGGCAUCCUAUGCCCUAUGUAGUGCACUACUUUUGUCCAGGGCCCAUAGGGAACUGGUCAAAAGUAGUGCACUAUGUAGGGUUUGGGAAUAGCGUGCCAUUUGUGAAACAGCCAUACACUGCUCCUCUAGGUUUGCUGCAUGCUAGCUUGUACAGUAUAAACAAGUGCCUCAUUAAACUGUCAAGGGCCUUAUUUUUAACCAACCUAUUUAAUGUGGGGCUUUGGAGUGGACUAUUUCUAUCCUGAAUUGGUCCUCCUGUUGCAAGAUCAAGGAUAUGAAAAAUCCUCUAAACUGUACUGUACGAAACAUGAUCAUAUCUCUCUAUCACCCUCUCGCUGCCAACUGCCAUUGUUGGAUCAAUCUUCGGAUCAAUUGUUUUAGCCUUAUGCUAGAUAGCAGCGGUAACUAAUCGCUAACUGUUACUGUAUAACUAUGGCCCAGAGUUUUACCUGAUCAGAUCAUCAGGGGAAAAUGUAGUUGUUUGCUUUGCUAAUUGCUAAAUGCUUAUUGUAACUGUCUAUAUGAUUUAGAAAUACUCAACUUCAUCCUCCGUACCUCCACCCUGAGUGAUCUAGCACUAACCUUUCUCAAUCAACAUUGAAAGGUUCCUGCUCCAUUACCUCCAUUUCUUCUUAUUUUUAGUGUCUACAACAUAGAAGUGACAUGCAUUUUAAUGACACUUCUUCUUUGUCGUCAAGGGGAAGCCCACAGUGCUGCAGUCCCAGUUCAGGCUGACCUACACCAUGAUCCUCAACCUGCUGCGUGUGGAGGCCCUCCGAGUCACCGACAUGAUGAGGAGGAGCUUCUCUGAGAGCCACAGAGACACACAGGUACUGUACUACAUUACCCACAAGCACUUGGGACAAAAUACUAGAGAUAAUGGAUGACACGACAGUUGAGGACUACCAGUUUUAAAAAAUGUGAUUAGCUUUAAUAUUGCAGAUUGUGGUUUCCAUCAAUGUAAUUGUCUGCAUAAUUUCCAAUACCCCAUAUAUGUUUUGGUAAAUAUAUGAAAUAUAUACAGUACCAGUCAAAAGUUUGGACACACCUACUCAUUCAAGGAUUUUUCUUUAUUUUUACUAUUUACUACAUUGUAGAUUAAUAGUGAAGACAACAAAACUAUGAAAUAACACAUAUGGAAUCAUGUAGUAACCAAAAAAGUGUUAAACAAAUCAAAAUAUAUUUUAUAUUUGAGAUUCUUCAAAUAGCCACCCUUUGCCUUGAUGACAGCUUUGCACACUCUUGGCAUUCUCUCAACCAGCUUCACCUGGAAUGCUUUUCCAACAGUCUUGAAGGAGUUCCCACUUAUGCUGAGCACUUGUUGGCUGCUUUUCCUUCACUCUGCGGUCCGACUCAUCCCAAACCAUCUCAAUUGGGUAGAGGUUGAUGGAUUGUGGAAGCCAGGUCAUCUGAUGCAGCACUCCAUCAAUCUCCUUCUUGGUAAAAAUAGCCCUUACACCGCCUGGAGGUGUUUGGGUCAUUGUCCUGUUGAAAAACCAAUGAUAGUCCCACUAAGCCCAAACCAGAUGGGAUGGCGUAUCGCUGCAGAAUGCUGUGGUAGCCAUGCUGGUUAAGUGUGCCUUGAAUUCUAAAUAAAUCACAGACAGUGUCACCAGCAAAGCACCCCCACACCAUAACACCACGUCCUCCAUGCUUUACGGUAGGAACUACACAUGCGGAGAUCAUCCGUUUACCCACACCGUGUCUCACAAAGACACAGCGGUUUGAACCAAAAACUCAAAUUUAGACUCCAGACCAAAGGACACAUUUCCACCGGUCUAAUGUCCAUUGCUCGUGUUUAUUGGCACAAGCAGGUCUCUUCUUCUUAUUGGUGUCCUUUAGUAAUGGUUUCUUUGCAGCAAUUUGAGAUGUGUCUGUUACUUGAACUCUGUGAAGCAUUUAUUUGGGCUGCAAUUUCUGAGUCUGGUAACUAAUGAAUGUAUCCUCUACAGCAGAGGUAACUCUGGGACUUCCAAAGUUCUUGAAAUGUUCCGUAUUGGCUGACCUUCAUGUCUUAAAGUAAUGAUGGACUGUCAUUUCUCUUUGCUUAUUUGAGCAGUUCUUGCCAUAAUAUGGACUUGGUCUUUUACCAAAUAGGGCUAUCUUCUGUAUACCCCCCUACCUUGUCACAACACAACUGAUUGGCUCAAAUGCAUUAAUAUGGAAAUAAAUUCCACAAAUUAACUUUUAACAAGGCACACCUGUUAAUUGAAAUGCAUUCCAGGUGACUACCUCAUGAAGCUGGUUGAGAGAAUGCCAAGAGUGUGCAAAGCUGUCAUCAAGGCAAAGGGUGGCUAUUUGAAGAAUCUCAAAUAUAAAAUACAUUUUGAUUUGUUUAACACUUUUUUUGCAUACUACAUGAUUCCAGAUGUGUUAUUUCAUAGUUUUGAUGUCUUCACUAUUAUUCUACAAUGUAGAAAAUAGUAAAAAAAUAAAGAAAAACCCUUGAAUGAGUAGGUGUGUCCAAACUUUUGACUGCUACUGUAUGUUUGUUUGUAUUUGUGUGUGUAUAUCAGAGGGGUUUGAAAACAAAAAAAAGCAGAAGACAAAUUCCCAGUCCAUUUGAACUAAUAAAAGUAUAUCUUAUGUUUUCCUCCUUCUCCUGUCUUUCUCUCAGGCCCAUGAGCAGCAGAUAGGUCAGUUGAAACAGACUCUGUCCUCUCUCCCUCCUCUGGACACGGAGGGUCAGCUGUCUGACCUGCUGCCAUACUACUACACUGUCACUGAGCUACGCAUCACCGCUGAGGCGCUGCAGGUACACACACAACAUACUGUAGAGGCGCACACACACACACACAAAGACACACAUGUGCCCACAGACACACACACUAUCUUAAAACACUCAAGCUCAAACUACUUCACAAAACAACUCAAUAUAAUUGAAUGUGCAAAAGUGUCAUUUGAAAAAAAAUUACAACAUCACUAAGAUUAGUUAAUUGUCCAUCUUUCAGUGUGCAGUUCUGGGGUCCGUGAAUGGGUUGAAAGCUCUCUCCGUGGGACGGGUGGUAGUGGUCAACAACAAACAGCACUUCAACGCCCUCGGAGUCCUCCUACAGGUGUGUGUGUCUGUUUGUCUGUCUGUGUGUGUGGAAUGCAACUUUUUUUAGGUGACAAAGGCAUGUAAUGCAUUUAUCAUUCUCCUUUCUCACCCUUCCGUUCUUUAAUUUCUCUCCCAGGUGUCCAGCGACUCAGUGAAUCGUACGUUUACUGCUCUCAUCAUCUGUGAGAAAGGCAACGAGGAGGGAAGAGGGGACAGCCUCAACGCCAGUGCCUUCCCCCACCUCUACAACACUGCCCUCUUUAUACCUGAAGGUCAGUUCAUGCACAUAUUUAUUUAUGCAAACAUGCAUGCGCACACACACACACACACACACACACACACACACACUGAUUGAUGCUCAUCCUCUCCCUAUUAGAGACAGACACAUUUACCAAUAAACACACACACGCACACCGCUGCCUAAACACACAAACACACGGCUAUUUGAACACACACACACAGCUAUUUGAAUACACACACGGCUACUUAAACACACACACACACAUGCUAACACUAACUAACAAGCCCACAUAAGCUUAAACUGAAUAACCGAUAACGAUUUUGUAUGUUCUGUAUGAUCCGCCGAUUAGGUCCCUGUAGUCACACGGUCCAGAAGCUGAAGCUACAGGACGUGUCAGCCAUCACAGUCAAGACCCUUAAGGUGAUCCCUGACCGAAUCAUCGACAACUACAACAAGAGACAGCAGCCGCGCUUCAGGUGUGUGUGUCAGUGUAUGUGUGACACUGUGUGUGUGUGUGUGUGUGUGUGUGUGUGUGUGUGUGUGUGUGUGUGUGUGCAUUCAUGCAUUAUCAUGUAGCGUAUACAGUAUGUUUCAGCCUUUUUGCACAUUGUCGCUCCACUAAGCCAACACAACCAUGUUUAUCUAGGCAAAGGAGGUGUUUAUAUGUGUGAUGUCAUCAUGACCACUCAAGUGUCUAUCCAUCUACCUUCCUUUUUCGAAUAGCAUCUUUGUUGCACAGAAAAAAGAGACACCACUCUUGAGUCUAUUUUCAUCUUUCCCUCCUUCCUUCCAUCCUUUCCCCCUCGCUCCAUUUCUCACAGGCUUGAUCCUCCGGGCCAAGCCAUCUCCACGGCAACCCAGGAGCUCCUGCGAUUGGCGGAGGCCAACCCAGGCGGGUUGGUGACCCUUGACCCAGUGAACGACUUCCAGCUGAAGAGUGUGGAUGUGGUGGAGGGCACCAUAAGGCUGCGCGUGCUGCAGGACAGCCUCAAAGACUUCAACUGCAUCCACUCACCCACCUUCUCAGAACAGGUGUGUGUGCGCAUGUGCGUUUGUGUGUGAGUGUCACUUCCAAACACUGUCCUGACAUUGCAGUAAUGAUGUUGGAGCACUCAUAUAAUGAACAGAGACAGGUCUGACAGACUGACUGUCUCCACACACCUGCGUCCUCCUCUGUCUGCCUCUCUUUCCCUCUAUCUUUUCCACUUCAUUCUCUCUCCCUUCUUUCUUUGUUUCAAUCAAUAGCCCGGGGCCCGUAUUAACAAAGGGUCUCAGAGUAGGAAUGCUGAUAUAGGAUCCCUUAUUGUCUUUUUGAUCAUAAUGAAUUCGAUUACAUGGACAGUGUGGACCUGAUCCUAGAUCAACACUCCUACUCUGAGACACUUUAUGAAUACAAGCCCUGGCCUCUUUCUAUACUGAUUUCUCAUAGUAAUUACAUCAGACUGUAAUUUCUUUGGGCCUGCACUAAGCAUUGUAAAACUAAGCCUUGUUAGAUAUUUCCCUGCCUUGUUCAGUGGCCAACUCAGUGGCCUUGUGGUUAGUGUCAGCCCUGAGAUUAGAAGGUUGGGAGUUCGAUCCCCAGCCGAGUCAUAACAAAGACUGUAAAAAUGGGACCCGCUGCGUCUCUGCUUGGCACUCAGCAUUAAGGAGAUAUAUUGGGGGUUAGGCCCUGCGAUAGACUAGCGAAGUACUUGUACAUCAAGCUGACUCAAGCUACAGAACCAGGAGAUAGGCUCCUGCUCAUAUGAGCCGUUCCGGCUCGUGCAAGUCUACCGCCUUGUUCCAGGAUAAGGAUGAGAUGAGAACAGCAGAGCAGGGAAUUCUAUAAUGACCUGUUUAGGCAGUGCAGAGUCACACAUCACCACUGUCUGUCUCACUGAGGGGAUGCAUUAGGACUGCAUAUCAUUCGAUCCAUGGCUCAGUCAGACAGUAGGCUGUGGUGCUGCUGCUGCUGGGCUCCAAUUUCUUUGGGAGGUAGCGAUAGUGUGUGUGAGCUAUCCUCUCUCUCUAAUAACGUGCAGUGUCCAAAAUGGGUAUUUUAUAAGGAGUCUCUGGACUUGAACCCCAUUGAAAACCUGUGGUUUGAAUUGAAGAGGGCAGUCCAUAAGCACAGAUGAAGGAUAUCAAGGAUCUGGAAAGAUUCUGUAUGGAGGAAUGGCCUACGAUCCCUCCCAAUGUGUUCUCCAAUCUCAUAGAACAUUUUAGAAAACAGGGGAUCCAAUAAUAAAUAAAAUAAAAUAUAUAUUAUUACUUGUUAAACAAAAUCUCUUUCUCUAAACAAUUGUAUUAGUAUAAAAUAAUAUAAUUGUUCAAUUAUCUGUAGUAUACAAUAUAGCUCAGUAGUUGUAUUAUUUAUUUUAUACAUUCUUUUUUGCUUAUCUUUAUCAAGGGGUCCAAUAAUUCGGAAAGUAUUCAGACCCCUUGACUCCUUUCACAUUUUGUUACAUUACAGCCUUAUUCUAAAAUGUAUUAAAUUGUUUUUUCCCCUCAUCAAUCUACAUACAAUCCCCCAUAAUGACAAAGCGAAAACAGGUUUUUAGAAAUUUGUACAAAUGUAUUACAAAUACAAAAUAGAAAUACCUUAUUUAAAUAAGUAUUCAGACCCAUUGCUGUGAGACUCGAAAUUGAGCUCAGGUGCAUCCUGUUUCCAUUGAUCAUCAUUGAUGUUUCUACAACUUCAUUGGAGUCCACCUGUGGUAAAUUCAAUUAAUUGGACAUUAUUUGGAAAGGCACACACCUCUCUAUAUAAGGUCCAACAGUUGACAGGUCAUGUCAGAGCAGAAACCAAGCCAUGAGGUCGAAGGAAUUGUCCAUAGAGCUCCGAGACAGGAUUGUGUCGGCACAGAUCUGGGGAAGGGUACCAACAAAUUUCUGCAGCAUUGAAGGCCCCCAAGAACACAGUGGCCUCCAUCAUUCUUAAAUGGAAGAAGUUUGGAACCACCAAGACUCUUCCUAGAGCUGGCCGCCCUGCCAAACUGAGCAAUCGGGGGAGAAGGAGGUGACCAAGAACCCGAUGGUCACUCUGACAGAGCUCUAGAGUUCAUCUGUGGAGAUGGGAGAACCUUCCAGAAGGACAACCAUCUCUGCAACACUUCACCAAUCAGGCCUUUAUGGUAGAGUGGCCAGACGGAAGCCACUCCUCAGUAAAAGGUACAUGACAGCCCGCUUGGAGUUUGCCAAAAGGCACCUAAAGACUCUCAGACCAUGAGAAACAAGAUUAUCUGGUCUGAUGAAACCAAGAUUGAACUCUUUGGCCUGAAUGCCAAGCGUCACUUCUGGAGGAAACCUGGCACCAUCCCUACGGUGAAGCAUGGUGAUGGCAGCAUUAUGCUGUGGGGAUGUUUUUCAGCAGCAGGGACUGGGAGACUAAUCAGGAUCGAGGGAAAGAUGAACGGAGCAAAGUACAGAGAGAUCCUUGAUGAAAACCUGCUCUAGAGCUCUCAGGACCUCAGACUGGGGCAAAGGUUCACCUUCCAACAGGACAACAACCCUAAGCACACAGCCAAGACAACGCAGGAGUGGCUUCGGGACAAGUCUCUGAAUGUCCUUGAGUGGCCCAGCCAGAGCCCGGACUUGAACCCGAUCGAACAUCUCUGGAGCGACCUGAAAAUAGCUGUGAAGCGACGCUCCCCAUCCAACCUGACAGAGCUUGGGUCUGAAUACUUAUUUAAAAAUUGUAUUUCUGUUUUACAUUUUUUAUAAAUGUGCAAAAGUUUCUAAAAACCUGUUUUCACUUUGUCAUUAUGGGGUAUUGUGUAGAUUGAUGAGGACAUUUUUUAUUUAAUCAAUUUUAGAAUAAAGCUGUAACGUAACAACAUUUGGCAAAAAGUCAAGGCGUCUGAAUACUUUCCGAAUUCACUGUAUGUGCGUGUGAUAGCCUACAUCCAUGUACAACCUUGUCUCUACAGUAAAUGUAUUGUAAAUUAGGUGAAAUUGCUGUACAAUCUAUGCGAUCAAGUGGUUGCACUGUAGAGGAAAUAAUUCUACAGACCUUUUCUAUUGCUGUUCAGAGUGCAUAGAUAAAAUGAUUGUCUAUAAUAGCCAUGUUGUCCACUUUCUUCUGUCAGUUUCUGCGGGUGCAGGAGAGAUUGAGUGUUCAGGAGGAGCUGGACAAACUGCUCUUCCUCAUCUCAGACCAGUCCCUGUCUCUAUUGCCAGAGUACCACCAGAGAAUCAAGGUAUGUCUGACUCCCAUUGUCGUAAUGCACAUCCAAUAUUCAACUAAAAACUUUUCAUACAGUAGCUUUCUUCCAAGGUUCCUACCUUCUAGGGAGUUUUUCCUAGCCUCUGCAUUGCUUGCUCUUUGGGGUUUUAGUCCGGGUAUCUGUAAAGCACUUUUUGACAACUGCUGAUGUAAAAUUACAUUUGAUUGAACUAGUUCAUACACAUGCAUGGCUAAAAAUUUUAACAAAUUGUUGGUAGCACUGGUAAAGUUACCAGGUUGUUAGCUCGCUAAUGAGGUAACAAACAUGACUGAACAAGGUGUAAAACAAAUGGUUAAUGGCCCGCAAAUAGUUUUAGAGCGGUUCGCAACAUGGUUUAUGAAUAUAAAAUGCAGGCCCCCAAUUCUUGACAGGAAGAAAAAAACGUCUCUUUGUUCAGUAGUGCUUAAAAAUGUACCUUAAACCAAUCUCUAAUGUAAAGCCAACAAAGUUGCCUGCCAUUAUGUCAGAUCGUGACGUUGAGUUCAAAUACAUUUUUACCUGACCAAAUUAUUAGAUGGCCUUAUUUUAUAUUUUUUUACGCACUGCAAAAAUGUGUGUGGACCAGAAAGAGGCUCUCUCCUCACUAUCUAUUGUUCAUGCAGUGAGGAAUUACUAUCUUCAGCAGUGGAGGCUCCUCAGAGGAGGAAGGGGAGGACCAUCCUCCUCAGUGAAUUUCAUAAAAAUAGUGAAACAAUAGUUAUCCUUUUUAGAUACAAGUAUACUAAAUAUGAUCACGUCACCAAAUAAUUGAUUUAAAACACACUGUUUUGCAAUGUAGGUCUACAGUAGCCUCAACAGCACUCUGUAGGGUAGGACCAUGGUGUAGCCGGAGGACAGCUAGUUUCUGUUCUCCUUCUGGGUACAUUGAAUUCAAUACAAAACCUAGGAGGCUCAUGGUUCUCACCCCCUUGCAUACACUUACACAGUAAUUAUGACAACUUCUGGAGGACGUCCUCCAAACUAUCAGAGCUCUUGCAGCGUGAACUGACAUGUUGUCCACCCAAUCAAAGGAUCAGAGAAUUAAUCUAGUACUGAAAGCAUAAGCUACAGUUAGCUAGCUCUGCAGUGCAUAAAAUGUGGUGAGUAGUUGACUCAAAGGGAGAGAAAGACAUUAGUUAAACCGUUUUGAACAAAUUAAUUUGUUUAAAAAUGAAUAAGAAGCGAGAGAGAGAGAGAGUUGGCUAUAUUUCGCUGCAUAUUUUUUUCACUUUCACAAAUGCAGCUAGCUAGUUUAGCCUACUCAAACACCAAGCUCAAACAGAGGGAUGCGAUGUUAGCUAGCUGGCUAUGGCUAUCCAAGUCAAGGUAGGCUUUUGGUUUAAUUAAUUUAUUGCCACCGGGGCCCGCCGGUGUACUGCUAAACUGCUUGCCAACUGUACACUGUACUGCAUGAUUGUAGAGGGUUUACUAACAUGUUAGUUCUAGUAUCUAUGUUGACUAUGACGUUAGCUAAUAUUGUGACGAUGUAGGCUGUGUGUAGCAGUUAUGAUAUGAAGGUUUGAACAUGAGCAUACCUGAAUUUGUCCAAUAGAAACUGUUGUUUGCAACUGUUGGACCAUGAUUACACCAUACAUCACCUAGAUGCAGGCAAGAGUGUUCCUCAGCACCUGUGCACCUACGUUGUAAACUUUCAUUCAUAAGCUAGGUUGUAGCAACAUCAUAAUGGGUAUAAGGAAAAUUAGAGUAUCAUGAAGUAAUCCUUCUUCCCCCACACCCCAUAAAAAAAAAAGGGGGGGGGGGGGGGUCGUCCCACUGGCUAAUUGAAUGCACCAAUUUGUAAGUCACUCUGGAUAAGAGCGUCUGCUAAAUGAAAUAAAUGUAAAUGAAGUAGCCUAAACCUAUCAAUGUUACAUUGAGCUGGGUGAAUGGAAUAUGAAUGACAGUCAUCCAAUAUGCUGUAAUAGAAAUAAGGCCAUGCUCCAAAAUAAAAUGAUUGUCCUCAUCUUAAAUGGUACCGACCGCCACUGGUCUUCAGAGAUGUUUUAUAACUUAUCUGCAUAUAAUUGUUGUCUGGAGCUCAAAAAGCGGUAGUAGCAGGAUGCAAAUCAGGGAGGCAAAUUAACAACUUUAUCAACGUUCACCAAAAAUAGGUUUAAAAAGAGCCUUUAGUUUGCGAACGAACCAUCAAUAUGUAACACCAGUGUAAUAAAGGCAUUACCUCCCAUCCUCAGGUGCUCCAGUCCCUGCAGUACGUGGACAGUAGUGGUGCGGUGCAGCUGAAGGGCAGGGUGGCCUGCCAGAUCAGUAGCCAUGAGCUGCUCCUCACAGAGCUACUGUUUGAGAACGCCCUGAGCACCCUGGCCCCUGAGGAGAGCGCCGCCCUACUGUCCUGUCUGGUCUUUCAACAGAAGACGCAGGUGGAGCCCCACAUCACCAACACACUGCAGGAGGUAUGGGGGACUGGGGGCGGGUUGGGAGAAAGGGGUGGGGAUGAGAGCGUGUGAGAAUCUCAAUUGCAUUUCCUUGAUUCCUUGGGUCCCCUCUUCUCGCCUCCUUCUCAAAACCCAUUGGAUGAGAAGGUCAGAGGUCCCUCCCCUCUGACCUUCUCAUCCAAUGGGUUUUAAGGAGAAGGCGAGGAGAGAGGAUAUAAGGAAUUUAAUGAAAUGCAAUUGAGAUUCUCCCUGUGUGUGUGCUGGGGUGGUAGAAUGUGCUUCGUUGAUGUCUACUAGGGAAGAGUUGAGGUUACACUUUUGUGUUUUCGUGUCUGUCCCCUAUGUGUUAUAGUUGUGAAGGUUGUGCAACGACCUCAAUGGGUCAUUGGAUAUAGACAGGAUUUGUGACAUAUACAUUACAGUGAGGGAAAAAAGUAUUUGAUCCCCUUCUGAUUUUGUACGUUUGCCCACUGACAAAGAAAUUAUCAGUCUAUAAUUUUAAUGGUAGGUUUAUUUGAACAGUGAGAGACAGAAUAACAACAAAAAAUACAGAAAAACGCAUGUCAAAAAUGUUAUAAAUUGAUUUGCAUUUUAAUGAGGGAAAUAAGUAUUUGACCCCCUCUCAAUCAGAAAGAUUUCUGGCUCCCAGGUGUCUUUUAUACAGGUAACGAGCUGAGAUUAGGAGCACACUCUUAAAGGGAGUGCUCCUAAUCUCAGUUUGUUACCUGUAUAAAAGACAUCUGUCCACAGAAGCAAUCAGUCAAUCAGAUUCCAAACUCUCCAUCAUGGCCAAGACCAAAGAGCUCUCCAAGAAUGUCAGGGACAAGAUUGUAGACCUACACAAGGCUGGAAUGGGCUACAAGACCAUCGCCAAGCAGCUUGGGGAGAAGGUGACAACAGUUGGUGCGAUUAUUCGCAAAUGGAAGAAACACAAAAGAACUGUCAAUCUCCCUCGGCCUGGGGCUCCAUGCAAGAUCUCACCUCGUGGAGUUGCAAUGAUCAUGAGAACGGUGAGGAAUCAGCCCAGAACUACACGGGAGGAUCUUGUCAAUGAUCUCAAGGCAUCUGGGACCAUAGUCACCAGGAAAACAAUUGGUAACACACUACGCCGUGAAGGACUGAAAUCCUGCAGCGCCCGCAAGGUCCCCCUGCUCAAGAAAGCACAUAUACAGGCCCGUCUGAAGUUUGCCAAUGAACAUCUGAAUGAUUCAGAGGAGAACUGGGUGAAAGUGUUGUGGUCAGAUGAGACGAAAUCGAGCUCUUUGGCAUCAACUCAACUCGCUGUGUUUGGAGGAGGAGGAAUGCUGCCUAUGACCCCAAGAACACCAUCCCCACCGUCAAACAUGGAGGUGGAAACAUUAUGCUUUGGGGGUGUUUUUCUGCUAAGGGGACAGGACAACUUCACCGCAUCAAAGGGACGAUGGACGGGGCCAUGUACCGUCAAAUCUUGGGUGAGAACCUCCUUCCCUCAGCCAGGGCAUUGAAAAUGGGUCGUGGAUGGGUAUUCCAGCAUGACAAUGACCCAAAACACACAGCCAAGGCAACAAAGGAGUGGCUCAAGAAGAAGCACAUUAAGGUCCUGGAGUGGCCUAGCCAGUCUCCAGACCUUAAUCCCAUAGAAAAUCUGUGGAGGGAGCUGAAGGUUUGAGUUGCCAAACGUCAGCCUCGAAACCUUAAUGACUUGGAGAAGAUCUGCAAAGAGGAGUGGGACAAAAUCCCUCCUGAGAUGUGUGCAACCCUGGUGGCUAACUACAAGAAACGUCUGACCUCUGUGAUUGCCAACAAGGGUUUUGCCACCAAGUACUAAGUCAUGUUUUGCAGAGGGGUCAAAUACUUAUUUCCCUCAUUAAAAUGCAAAAAUCAAUUUAUAACAUUUUUUACAUGCGUUUUUCUGGAUGUUUUUGUUGUUAUUCUGUCUCUCACUGUUCAAAUAAACCUACCAUUAAAAUUAUAGACUGAUCAUGUCUUUGUCAGUGGGCAAACGUACAGAAUCAGCAGGGGAUCAAAUACUUUUUUCCCUCACUGUACAUACAUUUGUUCUUCUAACUAUAUAUUUCAAUGUGUCAUCUUUAAUGUACAUGGAUGGAUAUGUUGUCUUCUGGGCUGUAGUAGUGCAAGCCUGGCCGCUGUACUGGUCACAUACACACACACACACACACACACACAGUGGCAUGAGCUCAGGCUAGACACACACGGCUGCUUUACCCCGCAGCAAGGGCACCACAUCUGACACACACUCUCCUGAACACACACACAGCCAUGUCAGUGUGUGUUGUCAAGCAGCCCCGCUACAUAGAAGUGCUCUAAAGAGGGCUGAAUUAGUGAUGACCAAGGCGAGAGCCUUGUCUGGAGUGGUUUAUAGGGAUGCCAUCCCAGGGGCGAGCAGCACUGAACAGUGAACACUGACAGGGAACACAUUCACCCAACACCGGUGACAGGGCUCUGAGGAGGAUUUCUGAUGACAUGCAGCAUAACACUUUAGGACAUGCUCCGGAACUUUGGCGACUACUAAGUAUUUUUUUUAAACUCCCACUUUGAGCUGGAUGUGUCAAUGUGUAGUUCAUAUAUGCAUAAUCUAUGAGCAGAAUUACUGUCUUACCUCAAUUAACCACGGAAUCCCUAGAUUUUCUGGAAGCUGUGCUGUGCCAAUUUCCCUACAUUUUCCCCCACGUGGGCCAGCCGCCAAGCAAUUCGAGUUCAACCAAUGAGCUUCAGCCCCUCGCUAUAUGAGUGACAGCUAGCAAGAUGGUCACACAGCAGAGAGAGAAGAGAGCAAUGACGUGCUCUUAUCUACACAUAUAUGACAGUGCAAUUUCCGGGGACCACUUUUGGCUCGUGAGCGCUACUUUCCGAACUACUGGCUAAAAAGUAUACAAAAGUACUGGAACAUCCCUUUAACAGAGAGGAGGUUGGAGUGGAGUGGGCAAAGUAGGGCAGAUUUGAUUGGAAAAUGUUAUGUGUUUAAGUGCUCCUUGUAUGACUAAUCUGUGUGUCUGUAUUUGUCUCUGUCUCUGUCCUUGCUCUCUUUCUCCCUCUCUCUUUCUCAAUCUCAACUCUUCUCUGUUCUUGUAUUACCCCACUUUUUCCAUCCCCCUUUUAUUACUACCACCUAACUUCUCUGUCUCUCUCUCCUCUCUUUCCCUCUCCUCCCCUCUCUCUCGCUCUCUCGCUUUCUCUUUGCCAUUCUCCUUACAUUACCCCACUCUGUCUGUGUCCCCUGUCCAUUACUUUCUUAUUUCGCCCCAUCCCUCCCUCCCUCUCUCCCACAGGGUAUUGAGAGAGUGCUGGCGGUAGCCCAGCGUAUUGGGGAGCUGCAGAGGGACUGUGGGAUAACCCAGACAGUAGAAGAAUUUGUGGGCCAGUUCAAGUUUGGCCUGACCGAGGUGGUCUACUGCUGGGCCAGAGGCAUGGUGAGUGGCGUAAGCUAACUCUGUAAUGCUGGACUCUUCUUGAUUGACCUCAUUUCAAUCAAGACACUCAUGAACGGGUUCCCGGACAAAGAAUAAGCCUAGUCCUGGACCAAAAAUGUUUAUUUUCAUGUUCAAUUGCUUUGUACUCCAGAACUAGGCUUAAUCUUUGUCCUGGAAACUGGCCCCUCAAAGUUAUGAAAGCACUGUACUAAAUUAUACUGCAGCUUUUCCGAAACUGGGGGUUGCAACCACGUGUGGGGUUGCCUGAUUUGAAAAUGGGGUCGCGAGAGAAACUCUGAAAUAAAACAUAAAAAAAUCGGGCUUGGUUCAUAGACCCGGAAUUACGUCAGUAACCUUCGGUAGCCACUAGAUGCGCUUGUAAUAAACAGAGCGGAUUCUGUUUCUUCCUGCAAAUGAACGGUUUAAGCUACAAAAUAUUAUUACCCUAUCACUGAAAGAUAAGACUCUCAGGAAUGUGUCUUCUGUUUCCCUCUACAAUGCCCACAAGCCACAUUAGAAGAGAGUGGACAAGAUCAAGCACUAAAUCAGACUGGGGGGAAAAAGAACAUCAAUCUUGUUAUUUUCUACAUAGAAGAUCAUGCGAAAUUAUUGCCUGAUGAUCUUCUGAACUUCCUAAUAAGUUUCUGAUGCAUUUCAGUCACUUCAAACCAUACUUCCUUCAGAAAUAAAUACUGUCAGAAGUACUGUCAGACUGAUUUGUAAUAGGCUGUCAUAGCCCCAUUCAAAAAACAUUGGCCGUUGAUUACAUCACUCUUUUUACAUGGUGGGGUCUGGGAUUUUUUUCAACAUCAAAAUGGGGUCACGAGCCAAAAAAGUUUGGGGAACCCUGCUAUACUGUAUCUAAAGUUUAAACUAACUGGUAUCCCUACUUCCUGUCCUAGCCUCUACUUUAUUUUAUUUAACCUUUUAUUUAACCAGGAAAGUCUCAUUGAGACACACUCUUUUUCAGGGGAGACCAAGAAGGCAGCAGUCCUGUACUGAACUAACUGUGUCUAUACAAACUGGUGUCCCUUCUUAUUUCCUGUCCCAGCCAUUUGCAGAGAUUGCCCAGUUAACAGACGUCCAGGAGGGCACGGUGGUACGCUGCAUCCAGAGACUAGACGAGGUGCUGAAGGAGGUGCGCCAGGCGGCCCGCAUCGUGGGAGACUCGGUCCUGGGCAGCAAGAUGGAGAAGGCCUCCCUGGCCAUCCGCAGAGACAUCGUGUUCACCGCCUCGCUCUACACACACUGA